CCAGCUCCGCUGGGUCCCGCUCAUUCCAGCGACUCCCUAGGGUUUGCUGUGCUCCCCGUUCGUAGUAGUAGUCCUAUGCUAGGCUAUGCUACUCGAGGACACAAGCUCUUCCUUCUUCCUGGCUGAGGUUCUGAGGGUCGUCCUCAGGAACCUUGAGCGGGCGCCCCGAAUGCACCGUCGUCUGUUCGUGUCGCUCCUCCUUCCUACCUGUGAGAAGUUUGGCGGUUCUGGAGUGUGGCUAGCGGGUUGUAAUCGGAGUUUGGGAGCUGGUCGUGAAUUCUAAGAGUAGCCAUGAGGAGCGCCUUGUUCAGAAGUUUUUCAGAGCAUACGGAGGCCUGAGCGUGGAGUCGAACUAGAGCACUUGGAUAUAGAGAAAUGAGUGACGUGUGAGACAUAUGUCGUGGCAAGUAGUUCAAGUAAACGCUCUCAAGUAGCGAAGACAAUAAUGUCUGUCUCCGACUUCUCAUCACCAGCUACCGCAUAACUGAUUUGGAGCGCACCUGGUAAUUUGAAAUCUCGUUGUGAAGGGUGUCAUGCGGCAGAAAAUCUGUUUUACUUAUAGUUUCACAUGGAGCCUGUGGCAUCUGAUGCUAAUAUCCCGUCGGAGAGACUUCCUGAAAUCAAAACACCAGAGCCCUCUCCAAAUGCUUUUUCCUGGGAGAAACGAGUCGUUAAUCGGAAACCUCGUAUUAUCCUGGCAGCCAGCGGCAGUGUAGCUGCAAUUAAGUUCGGAGUUCUUGCUGAUAGUCUAUCUGACUGGGCUGAAGUAAGAGCAGUUGCUACCAAACCUUCUUUGCAUUUUAUCGACAGGAAAGGACUUCCAACUAGUGUUAAGUUGUACACAGAUGAAGAUGAAUGGUCAAGUUGGAGCAGAAUCGGAGACAACGUGCUUCACAUAGAGUUAAGGAAAUGGGCUGAUGCUAUGCUCAUUGCACCACUAUCUGCGAACACUCUUGCUAAGAUUGCAGGUGGUUUGUGUGACAAUCUUCUUACUUGCAUUGUUCGAGCUUGGGAUUUUUCAAAGCCAAUGUUUGUUGCGCCUGCCAUGAACACGUUCAUGUGGACCAGCCCUUUCACUCUUCGUCAUUUAACUGCUAUUGAGGAUCUUGGUGUUACCGUCAUUCCACCAAUUUCUAAGAAGUUGGCAUGCGGAGAUACAGGGAAUGGUGCUAUGGCAGAGCCUGCUACCAUUGAUUCUGCAAUGAGGUUGUCAGUGCUAUCCGACCCGAUCAUCCAGUCACUUCCCGCACCUCCUCGCACCAUCUGAGCUUCAUCAUAUCCUGUCAAGCAUGUAAUACUAAGUACACUUCAGUUGCGAUCGUGAACGAAGUGUCUGUCAGUAAGCCAGAGCAAUUGUUGCUCAGGAUGCUAUGGUCAUCUCUGGAUUUUGUUAGGUGGUCCGGAUGGGGACUCCGUGUAGGAUACAGCAGGACAAGAAUCAGUGCUGAUGAUUCUUCACUGUAUUUGUGUUGCAUAUUUCAUGCAUUAUCUUUAUUUUUUGGGAAUCAUUACUUUG